AUGAGUGACAUUAAUACUCUGUCGCAGAAGAUUCCGUCGUAUGUUCAAUACGGUAUUCCCAGUAUUGAUCAUCCUUUUGGAAUCCGUUUAUGGCCAAUUUUCAGUCAUUUCUUUGAAGCGGUUGUUGGAUACCCGGCUGAAGAUUUCCGCUUUAUUCAGGGUCUGACUACCAUGGCCAAUCUAAAAGACGCCCUCGGUGUUAUUGCUGUUUAUUACUUUGUGAUUUUUGGUGGACAAUGGUUGAUGAGGACCCUGAACGCUCGUCCUUUCAAGUUGAAUUUCUUGUUUCAAUUGCACAAUUUGGUUUUGACCGGGGCGUCGUUUACCUUGUUGAUAUUGAUCGUGGAACAGUUAAUCCCAGGUAUUUAUCGCCAUGGAAUAUUUUGGGCUAUUUGCCACAAGGAUUCUUUCACCAACGAACUUGUCACGCUAUAUUACCUGAACUACUUGAUCAAGUACGUGGAGUUGAUCGAUACCGUGUUUUUGGUCCUGAAACGCAAAAAGUUACUUUUCUUGCACACUUACCACCAUGGUGCCACUGCAUUACUAUGCUACACCCAGCUACUCGGACACACUGCCGUCGAAUGGGUCCCAAUUGCCCUGAAUCUGGCUGUUCACGUCGUCUUGUACUGGUACUACUUCCUCUCUGCACGUGGAAUUCGUGUAUGGUGGAAGCAAUGGGUGACCAGAUUCCAAAUUAUUCAGUUCUUGAUCGACCUAGGGUUUGUCUACUUUGCUACCUAUACCUUCUACGCUGACAAAUACUUCCCCGAGCUACCCAACAUGGGAACAUGUUAUGGGACUGAGGAAGCUGCUGCUUUCGGAUACUUGAUCCUCACAUCGUAUUUGGUCCUAUUCAUUCUCUUUUACAUUCGUGUCUACAAGUCCGGGCCCACAACAAGCAAGGGGAAAUCAAAGGCAGCUGCUACUACCGGUCAAAAAACUGAGACUGCCUCCCCUUCUGGCAAAAGCACUAGUGUCCGUCGUGCCUAA